AUGCCUUCAUAUGUAGAUGACGAUGAUUAUUAUUGCUACUCCGACGAUAAUAAUCAGAAUGAUAAUGGAAUUCCAGAUUUUGUUGACGAACAAGAUUUCGACGAUUAUUUGACUGAUGAGGAGUACAAUUUAAUGGGUGAUUUGUUUCCUAAAAUUGUUAAAGAAUUAAAAGACUAUAAGGGUUGGGAUAACCUAAUGGUCAAACUAAUUAUAUUUAAAAACAAUUUUGAUUUUAAUAAAUCUAUUCUGGAAUUGAAAAAAAAGUGUAAAAAAAAAAAGUUAAUAAGUACAUAUAACGAUACUGUUAAACCACAAUACGUAGAGAAAUCAAAUAAAGAGAUUGCCAGUAAUUUAAAAAAAGGUAUGUUACUUUUAUUAUGA